UUGGCGGGAGUGGCUGUUGUAUAAAUAGACGCGGGAGGGCCGGCAAAUAAAGCAGAAAGCCAGCUUCCUCCUGCACUUGAACAACAUGAUGCUGCGGACAACACGGGCUCUCCUCUGGGCUCUGCUACUCAUAAUUCAAGGUGGCUCCAAAGCUCAGGAUUGCGGAAUAGCGCCGCUCAACCCGAGGAUCGUGGGAGGCGAGGAUGCCCCGGUGGGCUCGUGGCCCUGGCAGGUCAGCAUGCACUUCAACGGGAGUCACAUUUGCGGAGCGAGCGUGAUCAGCCAGGAAUGGGUGCUCACCGCGGCCCACUGCAUUCUCACCACGGACGUUGAACUUUGGCGCCUGUACUUUGGAAAACAGAAUCAAAGUACCACGGCUCCGAACGAGGUCAACCGAACGGUGUCCCGAAUCAUCGUUCACCCGGACUACAACCCUGUUAACUUUCAAAACGACAUUGCGCUGAUGAGGCUGAGCAGCGCCGUGACGUACAACGACUUCAUCAGGCCCAUCUGCAUGGCGAGCAAAUCCAGCCAGUUCCACAACGGCACCAGGUGCUGGGGCACCGGGUGGGGCCGACUGAGCGGUGACGCUCCACUGGUGGCCUUUGAAAGGCUGCAAGAGGUUGAAAUUCCCGUCAUUGGAAACGAGCAGUGCAGCUGCAUCUACAGCCUGGUGGAAAACAUAUCCAUCACCAGCAAUAUGAUCUGCGCGGGGGAGGAGGGCAGAGGAAUCUGCCAGGGCGAUUCGGGCGGCCCGGUGCAGUGCAAGCAAGGCUCGGUGUGGAUCCAGGCGGGUCUGGCCAGUUUCGGCAUCCCCUGCGCCACGGGGAUUUUCCCCGAGGUCUUUGCUCGCGUGUCCUUUUACCAAGACUGGAUUACGGAGCAAGUGGCGGGGGCCGCCCUUAGUUUUGUCACCUACACCUCCACCGGCGUGGACCCGGACGUCGGCUUUGGGUGCCCGCUCGAUCAGUUCACUACCGUCACUCCCGUCACUACCGUCACUCCCGUCAACUCCUCGGCCGUCGCGACUCUUUCCGGCCUGGCCGUCUUGCCCUCGCUGCUGGCCAUUUGGAUCUAACUGCGUCGGGUGGAGAGCUGCGGGUUUUGGUUUUUGUUUUUUUUUCCUCAGUCUUGAAAUGUGGAUUCUUGAAUCACAUCCCACGAAGUUUCUUUCCACGUGCUUUGCGUCCAGUGAUUGAGCUUUGCCGUUGUGACGACAGCGUGCGGGCGCGUCACCUUCCUGUUUUGCGUUUAUCUGAUCAUGAGUGUGGAAUGUGGAAAACUCCUUGCGCAAGAGCCACAAUUGCGCAAUUUCAUUUGAUUUGAUUGACGGGCUUGAAAUAAAGAACGGGCGAUUCGUGGA